AUCCAUAGCCCUAGUUUUGUAUCUGAUUUCAGAAGCGCAAGAGACCUGACCAACCAUGAAAGUAACACCAGCCGGCGGCGGCGACCCAGCAGCAGGGUCGAUCUCCAAAACGUUCAAAGUAGUCAUGUUGAUUGCAUUCUUCUCCUACGGAGCAAUUGUGCUGAUCUCUUUCGCAUUGUUAAUAGCAACUACUCGCAAAGAGCAUGCCGAGUUCUGUUUGACGCCGGGAGUCAUGCUCGCUUCCGGAUCCAUCACCGGCGGCGGGGCCGGGGGGUUCCUGCAGCUUGCCGUCGACGUGGAAUUCCCUUGCGAAGAGGAGACCGCCAGAGUCCACUACGAUGCCUUGGAGGCCUCCGUCGUCGUCCUCGGUGGUCAGCACCAGAUCAUCGCCGUUGCUCGCUUGCCGCCGUUUUAUGCAAACCGCCACUCCAUAUUGAACCUGCGCCUCCACUAUGAUGAUGAUGAGAAGAAUAUUUCGAGCUCCGCGGAUUUGGGAUUCCAGCUGCUGGCUUCGUUUCGGCGGCUGAAUAAAAAAGAUGAGGUUGAGGGGCACGAGGGCUCUAUUCGAGCUGCUUGUCACCCGGUUACGAUCGGGCCUUCUUCCGCGCCGCCCGGACCUGAUCUCGCCGCAAACUUGGAUUGCGAUGUGGAAUUACUACGAAUGGUAGAAGUACAUGAGCACUCAUAUGGAUUCAGCAAUUCAUCACGUGGAUCAAUGGGUACAGACGAAUCCAAAUGGAAGAAGUUAAGUACUUCAGUACUUUAGUGGGAUGAGAGACUUGAUGUGAUUUCACGAUGAAGUUUUACUAAGUCAAAUAUCUCAAGGUUGUUCAAGUUUUAAGUUUUGUUACAUGUACGAGGUUUCCGUUGUUAUUCAAAGCAUUUUAAUAUUCAUUACUUUUCAAGAGAAUUUUGGUAAAAGUAGUACCCGGACGGGUUGGGGUGUCACAGAUGAAAUGAACGUACAAAGCGAUUAAGGCAUAAAGAUAUGAGAGAUUGAAAUAUAGAUCUAGCUUUCACUUGUAAUAAACUUGAGCAAUGGGA